AUGGCUGACAGGAGUGUGUCAAUGGAAAACUUCACUCUUUUGAGUUGCAUAGGCAAAGGCUCAUACGGCAAAGUGCUGCUUGUGAGGAAGAAAGACACUGGCGAACUCCUAGCUAUGAAAAUGCUAAAAAAAGACUACAUUGCAAGUCGUAACCAAAUAGAGCACACAAGAACUGAAAGAAAUGUCCUUGAAAAAGUCAAUCACCCGUACAUCGUUAAACUCAAGUACGCUUUUCAGAACCCAAAAAAGUUAUAUUUCGUUCUUGAAUAUUGUCCAGGAGGCGAGCUUUUCUUUCACCUUUCCAGAGCACAGAGAUUUGAUGAAGCAAGAGCUUGCUUCUAUGCAUCUUGUAUUGUACUCGCUCUUGAGCAUCUUCAUCGGCUGAAUAUUGUGUAUAGAGAGUAAUGUUUUAUUUAGCUUAAAACCUGAAAAUAUUUUAAUUGAUGCAGAAGGCUAUGCAAAAAUAACAGACUUUGGCCUGUCUAAAGAAAAUAUUUCUGGAAACACAGGAGCCAACUCUUUUUGUGGGACUCCUGAGUACCUCGCACCAGAAGUGUUGAGGAAGGUUGGGCAUGGGAAAGCUGUGGAUUGGUGGAGUCUUGGAGCCUUAAUUUAUGAAAUGCUUACAGGUCUUCCUCCAUUUUACACGAGGGAUAGAGAAAAACUGUUUAACAGCAUCUUAAAUAGUGAACUUAAUUUCCCAAGCUAUAUUUCACCAGCUGCAAGAGACUUGCUGCAGGGAUUAUUUAUAAAAGACCCUUCUCAAAGACUUGGAUCUGGCCCGACUGAUAGCGAGGAAAUAAAAAGUCAUCCGUGGUUCGCAGCAGUAGACUGGGUGAAACUACUGAAUAGAGAAAGUCCACCUUCAUUUAUACCUAAUGUUGUAAGGGACCAUGGGCUAAAUAACUUCGAGGAGGAGUUCAAAAGACUUCCAGCGGUUGACUCUGCAGGAGCUGAGGCGAAACUGCCGGCGCAAAGUCCCACUUAUCAAGGGUUCAGCUAUGUUGAAUCCUCUGAAAUGGAAGCUAUGGACCUUGAAAGCUAA